CGGCGGCGAAGGCGGCGCGCGCGGGGCGCCCUGGGGACCCCCGAAGCUCGCGGAAGAGUUUAGAGCAAUAUCCAGAAGUUGAUUCCAUCAUGGCGGAAGUCCAGGUAGAGACCCGGGCCAGUGUAGACUGGCAGAAACGCUGCCUGACCCUGGAAACACAGCUCUUCCGGUUCCGUCUGCAGGCCAGCAAGAUUAGGGAGCUGCUGGCUGACAAGAUGCAGGAGCUGGAGCAGAGGCUGCUGGAGGCGGAGCAGAGAGCAGAAAAUGCAGAGACCCAGGUGGGUAUGAUGGAAGAGAAGGUAAAAUUGUCCAAUCUAAAGAACGUGGACUCCACAGGCAGCCUGCACUGCAAGUACCAAGAAUUGCUGAAAGCCAUGCAAAGCAAAGAUGAGCUCAUCUGCCAGCUGGAGGCACAGCUGGAGAAACAGAAGCAGAUGAGGGCUGAGGAAGCAAAAAUUGUUCAAGAAAAAGCUGCAAAGAUCAAGGAGUGGGUGACCCUGAAGUUAGCAGAACUGGAGAUGGAGAAUCAGCACCUCAAGAGCUGUAAUCAGCACCUUCUAGAACAGGUGGGAGCACUUCAGCAUGAUCUAGAAGCUCUUCGGAUGGCACCUACGGGGAAGCUGCUAGGGGCCUCUGAAGGAACUGCAGAGCAGGAUUCUGUCCCUUCAGGGCCAGGAGACCAGCCUGUGGGGCAGGACAUUGUUCCCCAGGCCCAGGAUUUAAAGGCAACUGUGUCUGCACCUUCUUCGGGAGCCUUGCAGAACAAGGACCCUUUGUCUGAAACCAGCAGCCCUGAGGAUUCUAGCUCCAGUGUGGCCCAACCUGGGGAAGUAGUAGAAAGCAAGACCCUUCAACUCCAUCUGGGAAGAGAGGCACCUCCCAGCCAGCUGUGCAUGAAGCCUAGCACCCCCAGACAUGGCUCAGCCUUCUGGAGGGAGGUUCUGGUCACUGCUCAAGGAGGGACACUUCCUGGCACCAAGAACUCGGCCAGGGAAGGAGGCCCUGGCAGUAGCCUGACACUGCCAAAGGUUCGGGCUCCUAGCACCCCUCGAGACAGUAUCCAGGUGGCUAAAAGGCACCAUAGCCAGCCCCAGGUGGGCCCUGGACAUUUUGACCAGGUGGUGAGCAUCGAGAUCGGGGCCCUGUCAGCUCUCCACCCUUCUAGGCUUUCCAAGCUGGAGGCCCAAGCUCGGCUCCAGGAAGAACCAGAGAAGAUGGAGAUGGAGGAACCGACUUCAGCAGGGAAGGAGAAAGAAAGAGAGAGCCUGAAGACCACUGGAGCUGAGCUACAAGAAGGGGGGCUGAGGAACAAACCACCCACACCCCCCCUGCAUAGGUUUCCAUCCUGGGAGAGCCGGAUCUACGCAGUGGCCACAUCAGGCAUGCAGCUGUCAGAUGUGUCUCCUCGAAGUAAUGCCACCUGCUGUGCUUCCAGUCCUCCUGCCCUGGCUUCUCCUGGAUCCUUCUCUGGCCUUGUCUACAAGAAUGUCACUGUGCCUGUCUACACAGCACUGAAAGGGAGAGCCACGCAGAUCAGCAGUGUACCCUUUGUGGAUGAGUCCUCUGGGUCUGACGAUGACUGCAGCUCUCAGGCGAGUUUCCGGAUGUCUGUCCCCUGCUCUGAGUGCAAGAAGACCAGCGGACUCGGCAGCCCUCGGGCCAUCAAAAGAGGGGUCUCCAUGUCGUCACUGAGCUCCGAGGGUGACUAUGCCAUUCCCCCUGAUGCCUGCUCCCUGGACAGUGACUACUCAGAGCCCGAGCACAAACUGCAGCGCACCUCAUCGUACUCCACCGAUGGGCUGGGCCUAGGCACGGAGUCACUGGAGAAGUCAGGCUACCUGCUGAAAAUGGGGAGCCGGGUAAAGACGUGGAAGAGGCGCUGGUUUGUCCUGAGACAGGGACAGAUUCUGUACUACAAGUCCCCGAGUGAUGUCAUCAAGAAACCUCAAGGUCAAGUGGAUCUGAAUUCCCAUUGCCAGAUCAUUCGAGGGGAGGGUGCUCAGACUUUCCAGCUCAUCUCUGAAAAGAAAAUCUUCUACUUGACGGCGGAUUCACCCAGCAUGUUGGAAGAAUGGAUCCGGGUUCUCCAGAGCCUGUUGAAGGUUCAGGCCACUGGGCCUGCGGCCCUGCCACAUCGGGGCACUAAGCCCACUGUGAAGGGCUGGCUGACCAAGGUAAAGCAUGGCCACUCUAAACUGGUCUGGUGUGCUCUGGUGGGGAAAACCUUCUACUAUUACCGGAGCCACGAAGACAAGCGACCCCUGGGCCAGCUGCCGGUGCGGGAUGCUCGCAUAGAGGAAGUAGAUCGAUCUUGCGACUCAGACGAGGACUAUGAGGCUGGAGGAACAGGGCGGUUGCUCUCUUCCCACUGCACCCUGGUGAUCCACCCCCCAGAGCACAGCCCCACCUACCUCCUCAUAGGCACCAAGCAGGAAAAGGAAACAUGGCUGUACCACCUCACAGUGGCUGCAGGUGGCAGCAGUGCCAAGGUGGGCACUGUCUAUGAGCAGCUCAUUGGGAAACUGAUGGAUGAUGAGGGAAACCCAGAUUCCCCGCUCUGGAGGCACCCCAUGCUGUGCUAUAGCAGAGAUGGGCUCUGUACCUCCCUCACAACCCUGCCCUCUGAGGCCCUGCAGACGGAAGCCCUCAAGCUCUUCAAGUCCUGCCAGCUCUUCAUCAACGUGCCUGUGGAAGCUGCCUCCGUGGACUACCACGUGUCACUGGCCCAGACAGCGCUACAGGUCUGCCUGGUUCACGCUGAGCUGCAGAGCGAGAUCUACUGCCAGCUCAUGAAGCAGAUCAGCUGCCGCCCACCUCAGAAGUACUCUCUCAUGCAGUGCUGGCAGCUUCUGGCGCUGUGUGCCCCACUCUUCCUGCCUCAGCAUCAUUUCCUCUGGUAUGUCAAACAGCAGCUCCAACGCCACGCAGAUCCCAGAAACGAAACUGGCCAGUAUGCCACCUACUGCCAGCGGGCAGUGGAGCGGACGCUGCAGACCGGGGAGCGGGAGGCCAGGCCAUCGCGCAUGGAGGUGGUGUCCAUCCUGCUGCGGAACCCCUUCCACCACUCGUUGCCCUUCAGCAUCCCUGUGCACUUUGCUAACGGGACUUACCAAGUGGUUGGUUUUGAUGGCUCUUCUACAGUUGAUGAGUUCCUCCAGCGGCUCAACCAGGAGACAGGCAUGAGGAGGUCAUCCCACUCUGGCUUUGCCCUCUUCACAGACGAUCCUUCCGGCAGGGACCUGGAACACUACCUGCAGGGGAGUGUCAAGAUCUGCGAUGCCAUCUCUAAGUGGGAACAGGCCCUGAAGGAGCUACACCCUGGAAAGUCUGAGGGUGGGACACGCGUGGUGAAGCUGAUGUACAAGAACAGGCUGUACUUUCGGAGUCAAAUCAAAGGGGAAACAGAAAGAGAGAGGCUGCUGCUUGCUUCUCAAACCAAUGGAGAGAUUGUAGCAGGGAGAUUUCCAGUGAACAAGGAACUGGCUCUAGAGAUGGCUGCCCUGAUGGCCCAGGUAGAAUAUGGGGACUUUGAGAAGCCUAUCCUGCCAGGUGCCGGGGGCACACCUCCUGCCAAGGUUCAGCAUCUCCUCUCCCAGGUCCUAGACAGGUUCUACCCAAGGCGCUACAGACUUGGGGCUCCCCCUGAACAGCUGAGGCACCUGGCAGAUAUGCUGACCACAAAGUGGGCAGCACUGCAAGGCUGCUCCUCUCCUGAGUGCAUCCGCAUCUACCUGACUGUGGCCCGGAAAUGGCCUUUCUUUGGUGCUAAGCUCUUUGCUGCUCAGCCUGCCCAGCUGUCUUCCAAGGAGAACACUCUGGUGUGGAUUGCUGUGAAUGAGGACAGUGUUAGCAUCCUGGACCACCAUACUAUGCAAGUGCACAUCACUUACCCGUAUUCUUCUGUGACUACCUUCGGCGGCUGCAGGGACGACUUCAUGCUUGUGACUAGAUCUGCACCUGACCAGAGCUCUGGAAAAGGCCACAUUGAGAAGUUGAUCUUUCGGAUGGCUGCUCCCAAGAUUGCAGAAGCCACUUUCAUCAUGGCUAGUUAUAUGAAUCACUGCUCUGCAACUGUGAAUCCACCUGCCAACCCACCCACAGCCCACCAGCCAUGGGAACUAGACGGACGCCAGUUCUUUGCUUCCGUUUCCUGCACUACUAAAGGGCCAACAUUGCUAUGAAGAUUUCUCCAAUCCAUUUCUCCACCAGCACUGGUGUCUCUGGGAUCGAGAUGUAUGUCCUGGAUAUACUACUACUGUAAUGGAUCUAACUUACCCCCCUGUGUAAAAUGUAUAUUGUAGGGUCUGUGAAGCCUUUAUCUCUAGGCACCUUAUGUUUUAGAGCCCAAUAUAUGAAACUCCAGACCCAGUGUAAAAACCACUAAUUGUUUCACAAGAAAUCUGACUCUGGACACUCCCUGCUUCUUGACUUAGACAAGACCCAGCACUGCUAAGAGUAGCAGGGUUGCAUUUGGGGCUUUGGCACUGAUAUGCUCAGAGGAGCCCAUAUAUAGAUAUAUAAAUUUUUAUAUGAUCCUUAUGUGAGGAUUUAUACUUGAAGUUUUCUGAAUAUCCCAACAGAAAAAGAUCUGAAAUUUCUAACUCACCUGAACUCUGACAAAUGCCUUCAACUCACUAAAACUGGACUUCCUUUCCCAAGUGGGAAAGAUACUGGCAAGACUGGAGGAAAAGGCCUACCCUUCCCCCUGUACGGGUGAGUGCCCCUUCUGGGAGCAGCGCUGAUCUUUACAAGGGACAUACUAUCCCUGCCUAAGACUUAUGCUCUUUGCUUACACUGGACUGUGAGCUGAACCUAGCACCACACUCUACUUGGACAAGGGAGGAAUAGGUCUAGUCUGAUGUCGCUCUGUCUCAUCUUAAUGAAGGCUGUGCUUACUACUGAAGGACGAGGUGGUCACUGUCUAGAAGAUCAAGCAAAUGCUCUCUGUCUUUUGCUCCUAUGAGGCCACUGAAGACACAGAAAUAUAGGAGACCCUUGGAACUUCUGAAAAACUUCCACUGGGAAUGAGGUUGGACAUAUGUAUGUGAUAUCUGUUAUAGUCUAUGAAGUACAAAGUUAGUUUCAUGCUUGCCUUCUGAAAACAAUGUAUCCUCAUCCACUCAGACGUUCUGAUUGAGGAGGGGUAGGAGGAAAUGAACUUUGCUUCUACCCUCCUUUACAAAAAAAGAACAAAAGAGUGCAAACUCUGAUUUUCCAACACUGAAAAACUUGAGUUUUUAUUUCAUAGCUCUAAGGCAGUCACCAUUUAUCAAUACUAUGAUAAAAACGUAGGCUUAGCAGGAGAAUUCAAGAACCAAGCCUUUAACUCCAAUUGAGGGAGAGGAGAGAGAGGGGGAGCGAGAGCGAGAGAGAGAGAGAGAGAGCGAGCACGUGUGUGCAUGUGCGUGUGUGUCUACAAAAACUACAAGGCUAGAACUAGUUUACUUGAGAGAGCGUGCGUGCGUGCGUGUGUGUGUAUGUGUCUAUAAAAACUACAAGGCUGGAACUAGUUUACCUGAAACUUCAGCUGCUAUAAGCUUCCCCUUUAAAGCUGACAAGCAUGGUGAAAGGGGUGUGAGCCAGCCUCUUAAUGGAACUUGACUUUGCAAGGCAGUUGGGUUUUCCCAUUUGUCCCCACUUCUCAAUCUCCCAAGGAGAGGGGGUCUGGCAGAGACAAUUCUACCUCAAACAAGUCACACAUCAAAAGUACCAUGGACUCCCAUAAACCUCUGCAGGACUGAUGGACAAGGCAGAGACUGCAUAGCUCUGCUGAUAUUCUGAGUAAGGAUAAUAUCUGCCAAGGCAUUUUUUCUUAAAAAUAAAGUUGUAAGAAAUGAGUAUGGAUGGAGCCUGUUUACACUGAAUUUGGGGUGAAGCUAUUUCCCUCACCAUCUCUGUUUUCCCUGACGCUUCAGGAAUCUUCUCUUAGUUUAAUAGUUUAAUAUAGAAGAAACUGCCUUAGGAACAAAGGUUUCUAUAAUUUAGUUUCUCUUUUAACAAGAUGGUUCCAUGUCUGGAAACAGAAACCAAAUUUCUGUCUCAAAUUUUAUUUUAUCCUCUUGGCAAAAGCAAAAUUUUAAAUAACAGAAAAUGCUAAGUAGCAGAAGAGUAUUAAUGUACUUGAUAUCCAUAACUGAAAUGCUGUGAUCAUAUUUGUCAAUAAAAAGCACCUGUCUAUGAACUA